AUGCUGACGGUUCGCCAACAUUACCUCAAACCAUUCUUAGGUACUCUUUGGGAUCCGGCUGGUGUGCUUGAUGGCGCCGCUGAUUUUCUCCGAUAUUUAAAACAAACCGGCCGGAAUGUCUUUCUUGUAACGAAUAAUAGCACUAAGUCGGUCGAAAAAUAUUUGGAAAAGUGCAAUAAAUUAGGGCUCCCACUCGAACCGUCAGAGAUUAUAUGUUCCGCCAAUGUUACUGCCACCUCCUUGGCCAAAGAUGGUCUCAAGGGUCCAUUCUACGUUAUUGGACAGUCUGGACUUGGCGAAGAGUUGGAUAAAGUGGGGAUCGAGCAUUUUGGGAUCGGACCGGACAACACACCCCUUAAUGAAUUCGACGCCACACAUCUGCGGGCAAAUAUUUCGGGAGUAAUUGUCGGGUUCGAUUCCCAUUUUAACUACAUGAAACUUAUGAAAGCAGCAAGUUAUCUCGCGCAAGGUGUCCCAUUUUACGUUACAAAUGAAGACGCGCUCUUGCCAUGCUCUGACUAUCGAAUGCCUGGGACGGGCUCCAUAGUUGCUUCUGUCCGAAAGGCGUCCGGUGCGGAACCAAUAGUUUUUGGUAAACCCUCAAAGACAGUAUGGGAGUUCAUCAAGAGCAAGUAUGGAGCCGAAGAGAAGACAACAUUGAUUGUUGGAGACAGGCUGGACACCGACAUCCAUUUGGGUAGAGUGUCAGGUCUGUAUACUGUGUGCGUGAUGAGUGGAGUGACCUCGGAAGCAGUGUUGACAGCAGCCCGUGCAGAUCCGGCCAAGGCUCCUCUCCAAUCGCCAGAUUUGGUAUACCCCAGUGUCUUAGAGAUGUAUCAGGAACUGUUAGAGGAGGACAAAAAGGCAGAGUAG